AUGGGUGGAGGAGAUUUGAACUUGAAGAAAAGCUGGCAUCCGGCUACUUUGAAGAAUCAAGAGCGAGUGUGGAAAGAAGAACGCAAGCAUGCAGAGGAACAGCACAAGAUCGAGCAAAUGAAAAAGGAGCUCAUGGAAGAGCGUCAGCUUCAAGAGCUUCAGCGAUUACAAGAAGAGUCAGGACAAAGGAAACGAUCCGAUCGGCUUGAUUGGAUGUAUGCAGCUCCCAACCAAGGUGCUGGAGGUGGUGGCAAUGCCGAUGAGAUGGAGGAAUACCUGCUUGGCAAGAAGAGUGUGGAUAAUCUUAUUCGAGAUAAGAAUAGCAAAGAAACAGUUGCUUCCUCAGCUGCUGAACGAUUUGCCAUUUCCAAUGCCAAUGCGAACAAUGAACGAGAUAUCCAAUCCAAAAUCAGAGAAGAUCCUUUGCUGAUGAUCAAAAAGCGUGAACAACAAUCCUUGCGUGCUAUUGUCGACAAUCCUUUGAAACUCAAAGAGCUGCGGAAAGAGAAGAAGGACAAGAAAAAGAAAAAGAAGAAACAUGAGCAUGAGCAUUCCAGCCAUCGCAGCAGUCGACAUCAUGAUGAGGAUCGAAAGCGAAGAUCAAGAGAUUAUGAUGAUGAUCGAGGAUCACGACACCACAGGCGACAUGAUGAGGAUGAGGAGGAAAACCGAAAGCGAAGAAGGAGGGAUCGCAGUGAAGAGCGUUACGAGGAUCGAAGACGUAGACGUGAUAGUGAUGAUAGAAGGCACCGUGUUCGAUGA